AUGGCCGACGCACGCGGCGAAUACUGGUACCUCGACGACGGCGUCGAGCCUACCAAGAUUACGGUGCCCGAGUUGCGUAGCAUUCUCCUCAAGCACGGCGUACAUUACCCAGCCUCGGCGAAAAAGCCCGCCCUCGUUGAACUCUUCACGGUCAACGUGCUUCCUCAAGCUGCAAAGAUCCAGCGGCAAGCGGCGCGCACUGUGCGUUCCACACGCGGCAUAGUCGAUGUGCCUUCCAGCGCGAGCACUACGACCACCGAUGACGCCGAGGACGAAGAUACCCUGAUUCCGCCGCCUUCAGCAGUGCGGCAGACGCCGCGGCGUAGGACGCGCGCAACCACAGCCGAACACGAAGAGGAAGAGCCUGCGCCGGCGCGCACGCCUGCACGCCGUGCGAAAACACCCUCACGAACGGUCCCGAACAAGCACGCUCGCGAUGCUGAUGCCGACACCGACGGGCAGCCAGCGUAUCAGCGCACCCGAAAGAGCCUCGCCCCUCAGACAAAGGAGCCCACGCCAGACCCGGAAGCAUGGCAUCGCCCGACGGCAGACAGCCCUUUCACGCAAGAAAACCCGUUUCAGAGCGGUAGCUCGCCGGCUCCCGAGGCGCACGCGCGCGAUCGUCGGAGAAAGACCAUGGGAUUCGAACAGAAAGAGAGGCGCAAGAGUGAUGCGACCCGCAGGAGGACGUAUCAGCCGCAAGUCAGCCAGCAAGACGACGGCGUGGUCGUUCCUACCCGGAAAACUUUCGAGAUGCCCGUUGCUCGUGUCAAGAAGGAGCAAGCAGUAGUUGCAAUGCCGGAUAGCGGCGACGAGGGCGAAGAGUACACACCUGAGGAGCAGUUGGAACUGGUUCGGGAACGUGCUGAGAAUGGCCAGGUGGAUAUCCUGCCUCCACGACGACGCAGGGAUCCCUCUAAAACGGCCAGCACUGUCCAGGCCUUUUUGCUGACGCUCUUCGCGACCGCAUUCGCCCUGCUUGGUGGAGUCUGGCGGGAGGAGAAGUUCGCGAUCGGCUUCUGUAACACCGGCUCUGUUGCUCCGACAGCCAUCGCUGGGGUCGAAAUCCCAGAGUUUGCGACUGGGCUUCUUCCUCAGUGCGAGCCAUGCCCGCCCCAUGCAUACUGCUACCCCAAGCUGCAAGUCGAGUGCGAGAAAGACUUCAUCAAGAAGCCCCACCCGCUGUCCUUUGGAGGCUUACUCCCUCUGCCUCCGACCUGCGAGCCCGACACCGAAAAGACGCGCAAGGUCACCCAAGUCGCCGACCACGCCGUGCAAAUGCUUCGGCAACGCCGUGCACAAUACGAGUGCGGUGAGGAGGACGCCAAGGGCAACGUGGUCCAAAGCCCUGAGGUAAGCGUAUCAGACCUCAAAGAGGGAUUGCUAGCCAAGAAGAGCAAAAGCCUAUCGAAUGCCGAGUUUGAAGACCUAUUUGCCAAAGCUCUCGGCGAGAUACCGGCAAGGCAGGAAGUGGUCGAGCAAAGCGACGGAACUACCGGAGAACGACGACUCGCUUCAACAUCCCUUGCAGAGCUCACCCUUGCCUGUAGUAUCCGAAGAUCCCUUAGAGAGUCACUGGAACGACAUAUUCUCGAGAUUGUAGGCCUCGUCCUAUUCAUCGCAAGCGGGGCGUACGGCAAGCACACCAUUACGUCCAACCGAGCUCUCGAAGCUCACGCGAAGCAACUGGCUAGCGAUGUCUUCGAUCGCCUGGCCAAUCAGUCCGCCCUGGCCCAGCAAGAACCAGGCGCAUACCAGGAUCGUGGGCUUAGCAUGAACCAGCUCCGAGAUGACGUUCUACGCAAUGAGUUCUCGUCUUCGCGGCGCAUGAACCUCUGGAAGCGGGUGCAGAAGAAGGUGGAGCACAAUUCGAACAUCCGCGCUGCGGUACGAGAAGGUGCUAGCGGCGAUGUCACGCGCAUGUGGGAGUGGAUCGGACCUGUUCGGUUGCUGGAAGAUGGGUACAGCAGUGGGAAGCGCGACGGUGGACGGCGCAGUCUGGGCUGGACAUCGACGCCCGGUAGCAGUCCACCUGAAGUCAAAGACAUGAAGGAGGGCCAGCGUUGGGACGACGGCCAUCCGCAGUACUAG